AGAGUGAGCCAUCGCGUCGGUCCCAAAUGCAAAUCUAGGGUUUCUUCUCUUUGGAGCCGGUGGCACCGCGGCGAAUGAAGCAAUUGGGUCCGGGAAUUCGCGUAGAAGCGUGCUGAUCCCAUGGACGGAGCUCGCGUGCAGCUGGGGGAGCCGAUCGGGGAUGCCGUCUCCAGGAUCCGGUUCGCUCCGGGAUCCAACAACCUCUUGAUCUCUUCCUGGGACUCCGUUCUUAGGCUGUUUGAUGUGGAUGGAUGCGUGCUCAGAGUGAGAGCUCCUUCAGAUGGAGCACUUCUUGAUUGCUGUUUUGAGGACGAAAAGGCUGCCCUUUCGGCCAGUUCCGACGGCUGCAUUCGGAGGUAUGACUUCUGUUCAGAGACCCAAACCAUAGUGGGAAAUCAUGAUGAUUCAGUCACUUUCAUUGAUCAUUCCAAGGAAACUGGUCAAUUUAUUUCAGCUGGUUUAGAUAAGAAGUUGAUGUUCUGGGACUUGCAUAUGAAAAAUGGACAUGCUGGAUGCACACAAGUGGUAUAUUCAGACAUAUGGUCUAUUUCGCUUUGCCAGACUUAUCUAGUAGCUGUUGUUGGUAAACAGAUAAAUGUCUAUGACUUGCGAAACUUAAGGGUGCCAGUUCAAAUAAAAGAAUCCUCUAUGAGUUAUCAAAUAAGAUGUGUCCGCUCAUUUUCUAGCUGUGAAGGAUAUGCAUCUGGUUCAGUUGAUGGAUGUGUUGCGCUAGAGUAUUUUGAUCCUUCAAAGUCACAUGAGAUGGGGUGUGUAUUCCGCUGUCAUCCAAAAUCAAAAAGUGGAAGAUGCCACUUGGUUACAGUAAAUGACAUUGGAUUCCAUCCAUGCUCUGAUACCUUUGUGACAGGUGAUAAUGAAGGAUAUGCUAUUAUUUGGGACAUCCAAAGCAAGAAAAGACUCUAUGAGCUUCCAAGAUAUCCAUGUAGUGUUGCAUCUUUAUCAUAUAACCACAGCGGCCAGCUUUUGGCUGUAUCAUCUAGCUGCAUAUACCAAGAAGCACGUGAAGUAGAAGAGGCUCCUCAAAUAUUCAUUCACGCGAUGGAGAACAUUGCAAAACCAUCUCGUCUAUCUUAGAUGGCAGCAAUGUGCACAUGUUGUAUGUCUUCAGGUCGAGUUACAGUGAGGGGAUUGUUGUAUGUUUCCAUGUCUGUCUUAUUUCAGAACAGACACUUCUGUGUCAAGUAUGUGAUGCAAGAACACUAACCCUUGUCCUCUUUGUUGGAGUCUCUGUCUGGGCCGGCAAAGCAA